UUUAUUUACAAUUGAUGUGUUUAAUUUAUGAAAACAGACUCGAACUUCAGUUCAGCUGUAAUUUCUUUCAGUAAUUCGUAUUCAUUUUUUAGAAUGGUGUUUAUGUUGAAUAACUUGAUUUAUCAAGAACACUUUACCAUAUUUUUGGAAUCGUCUUUAUCACUGUUGUUGAGUGAAUGAUUGAAGCUAUCACAACCUUAAACUACUUGUUUUUUUCUCGUUCUAGGAGUAUGUCACAUGCAGCUGUUUGCAUAAUAACUCGAGAAGGUCCUCAAGGGUUCUUUCGUGGAAUUGUGCCUUCUCUUCUUCUGGUAGCCCCACAGACGGGAAUGCAGUUUGCUAUCUAUCAUACUUUCAAUCAAAUUGUGGACCAUAUGAGAAAUUACUUUGACCCCAGUAUCACUGGAAGUUCCUCACAAUCCCAUAGUAGUAAUCAUUCAAUUGGUACGUUUGAUUAG